AUGACGUCUAUAACAUUACCGCGUCGUAUUCAGAAUAUAGAUUUCAUGCGUAAACAUUCGAAUACUGCUGAUGAUGUUCAAUCAAAAUUUAGAAUCGCUGGUAGUUAUUCAUCAGACAAUCGUGGACAUUUUUUUCGACAAAUAACAACAAAUGAAAAUAGAAAAACUGCUCGAACUUUAUCAUGUAAUGAAGAAAAAAUGAAAUUAUCAUCGAAUCGUUUUGAUGUUAACAAUAAUAAUAAUAACAGUCGUUUAAAACAUUUAUGUACACGUUUUAAACGCCGUUUUAGUUUUUCAAAAGAAUAUCGGACAGACAUUGAAGGUAAAACUCGACCUUUAUCAACACGCUUUCUUAAUUAUAAAUCAUUUUCAUCGUCAACAGAAGAUUCAAGCAGCGAAUUUGAAUGGCCAGAUUUUGAAAAAAUCUAUGAUUCAAUCCCGACUUGUCUUACAAGAGAUUUGCAUGGUCUGGAUGACUCACCAACAGACGAUGAACAAUAUGAUGAUAGUGAUGCGGAAAUCACCUCAAAUUCAAUAAUCAAUGACACAGCCGAACAGUUAAAUUUAUUUAAAAAUUGUGAACGAGGAGAACAUUUUCGACGAAAUGCGAUUUGUCGCAAACUUGAUAAAAGUCAAUAUAGUUCACAAUUGGACACAUUUUCACAGCAAUUAAUGGUUGAAAAAUUAAUAAGAACAUGGGCUUAG